CAGGGAUAUACUCAAGGAAUGUUCUCAGUUCGCUCCCAGACUGUAGGAUGUUUAUGCAAUAAGCUGGGUGGAGGAGCGCGCGAAGGGGAAUCGUGAAGAGCGGGCGGGACGGAUUCUUUACGAGUGCUUGGAAUAAUGGCAGCCAAUGGAAGUUCUGCUAGUUGCCUCGCAUUCUUAAAACAAAUCGGGCGGUUAAAGCACCUGAAAAGAACUGGUUGGGUUCUUCGCAAAGUGAAUGAGCCAGAGACUGUGUCAGGUCACAUGUACCGCAUGGCAAUCAUGUCAUUUUUGUUUGAUGAUGAUGAUGGUGUUGACAGAGACCGAGUGAUGAAAAUGUCCCUUGUGCAUGACAUGGCUGAGAGCACUGUAGGAGACCUGACGCCACACUGUGGGGUUUCUGAUGAGGACAAGCACCAGCGUGAAGUUGCUGCAAUGGAGAGUUUUAGGUCCCUGUUGGGGCAAAAGGCUGGAACUGAGAUGUAUGAUCUAUUUAUGGAAUAUGAAGAACAGAAAACGAAGGAGGCAAAAUUGGUGAAAGACUUAGACAAGUUUGACAUGAUUUUACAAGCAUUUGAGUAUGAAACUGAUCAGGACCGAGCAGGAACACUAGAGGAGUUUUUCAAGUCAACUGAAGGAAAAUUCACUCACCCAAAGAUUAUAAAAUGGAUAGAACAGCUUUAUAAAGAGAGAGACGAGAAACUAAAGUCAUAUUGACAGAGUAGUGGGAUAAUUAUAUUUAAAGAGAGACUGUUUCUGGGAGCUUACCUUAAAUUAAUGAAAAAUCUGUAGAAUUUUUUAUUUAUGUUUACCUGGAUGAAAUUCCUCAUAAAAUUGAAGGGUCACUUAGAAAAAGUUUAUUCAUGUAUGCAUUGAUAUUCACAAACAUUCUUCACACAUUAACAUAUGGAACUUGAGGAGGAGGACUGAUCCUUAUUAAUCACACUGUUUGAGGAUCAGAUUUAUUAAUUUUCAUGUUAUUGUAUCAUUUGUACAUUACUGUACAUUGAUAACAGAUGAAUCAUAACAAAAUACCAUAGUAAUAGAUCCUCAGCACUUGUCUCUUUCACUGUUGUAUCUCUGUUUAGUAAUAACUAUGUUGUCUAACAAGAGCUAGAGGUUCAGAUGAGCAAUAAUCACUGAAAAACAACAGUCCAUAGCUUCAGUGACAUCACACUGAUAUUUCCAUCCCAUCAGUCUACUGUGGUAUAGACUUAGGUUAUCUCCCAGCCUCUAAAGCCAUGCUCUCUGUGUCUUUAUGAGUUAUGGAUCAUAUGCAAAGAUUUCAAUCACAGUUUUUUGUACAUUUAUAGUGAAACCAAAAUAACUUGGUACUCAGGUUGUUGGCUGUUCCUCUCACACACUUCUGUCACAUUCAUAGUCAACAGAUCUAUGAACACCUCUUUCAUUCAAAUUGUUAUCCUUUGCCUUAAUUAUUACAAAAUUAUAAGCUGUUCCAUAUAGAUAUGUUUUUUUUUUUUUUUUUUUUUUUUUUAAUAGCUUUCAAUUUGAUGUUGGAACAAUGUUGCUGUAUAUGAUACACUUGGCUCUACAUAUGGGCCAUGUGGUACUACCAUCUAAAGUGUUCUUGACAUGUAAAUGCCCCAGACUGAACCUGUUGGCCAUGGUCAGGUCUGGUCACUUUGGGAUUGAGGUGGCAACAGCAAAGUUAGUCUGCUUCCACUAUAGUACAUCCACAUCUGAUGUGGAAGACAUUUACUAUUAUUGUAUCUUAAAGGGAGAAUAAAAGGAAAUGAUUCUUUCAUGCAUAUAUAGAUCAAGGCUGUCUUCCCAUAAAAGCUGAGUAACCAAGACAAGGAACAUAAUUUUCAUAUUCACUUUCAUUCACACCAUUCUCUGUCCUUUUGACUACUGUUGAAGAAGAGAAAAGUAUUCCUGCCCUUAAUUUAUAAGGAUCAUCCCCACAGCUUUGACAGUGGUCCAGAAUAAGGCUUCUUCAUUUUCACAGCAAGUACCCUGUUAAGGGUAUAUUUGUAAAAAGUUAUUUGAUGUCAAAACUGGCCAUAAAAAAGGUUGGUGG